AUUCCAACACCUUCCUGGAGAAAAUCGCUCGGCUGGAUUCCUUCCCCAAACAAGCAAGUUUAAUUCGGUAGGCAGCCUAGAUGUGAGGCCGAGCCUCCUGCUAACUUUUAAUCCCUGGCAGUAGCAUCUCAGUGUGGCGUGGGGCUGCUCCCGGUGGGUCAUUUUAUCGUCUGUUAAGAAACAACACAUGCGCCUGCUGUUUGUGCGUGUUCUUCGGCGGUCACGCUCCGCUGAGCAAUAUUAAGAACGACAGCCCCGCCAGGACAGACAUGCGGAGUGCAGCCAAGCCCUGGAGCCCAGCUGGCAAAGCGGGGAGCCAUGGCCCCGACCGUGCGCGGCCCCUCCCCACCGCCGCCUCCGGCAUGAGGAGUUCGAAAUCCUCCACCUCGCUGGCGUUCGAGUCCCGGCUCAGCAAGCUCAAGAGGGCCAGUAGCGAGGACAUGCUCAACAAACCAGGAUGCACUGCCACCGCGGGGGUGGUUCGAAUGAAAAAGACCGCAACGGCUGGAGCCAUCUCCGAGCUUGCCGAGAGCCGCCUGAGAAGCAAUACAGGGGCUGUGCCAGCCACCAAACGGACCGGCAUUCCAGCUCCGCGGGAACUCCCAGUCACCGUCUCAAGGGAGAGGUCCGUACCUCGCGGCCCAUGCAACCCCAGGAAGUCGGUGUCCAGUCCCACUUCCUCCAGCACCCCUACCCCUACCAAGCACCUGCGGGCCGUGUCCACAAAGCCCAGGCAAGAGAGCGAAGGAGGAGAGAAGGCCGUGCUCGAGUCCCAGGUUCGGGAACUGCUGGCAGAAGCCAAAGCCAAAGACAGUGAAAUUAACAGGCUUCGAAGCGAGCUAAAGAAAUGUAAAGAGAAAAGAGCUCUCAGCUCCGAAGGGGCUGAUGCUUCUGACCCAAAUGGAGAUGCAGCGGUCUCACCCGGUGACCCAGAACCUUUGAUUAGAGCCCUGGAGGAGAAGAACAGGAACUUCCAGAAAGAGCUGGCCGACCUCGAGGAAGAAAACCGGGUCCUGAGGGAGAAACUGACUUACCUCGAGCAGUCGCCUAAUUCAGAGGGGGCGGCCAGUCCCCCUGGCGACAGCAGCUGCCCGACCUCCAUCACCCAGGAGUCCAGCUUUGAGAGCCCCACCGGGAACCCGCUGUCAAGUGAAAUCGACGAGUAUCAGAAGCACAUGCAGGAAAAUGCAUUACGGACAUCAGGCUCUUCGAGCAGCGAUGUCACCAAAGCUUCUCUGUCACCAGAUGCCUCCGAUUUUGAGCACAUCACAGCAGAUACCCCCUCCAGGCCCCUGUCCUCCACCAGCAACCCCUUUAAGAGCUCCAAGUGUUCGACGUCUGGGAGCUCCCCUAACAACGUGAGCGAACUGUCCCUGGCGUCCCUCACGGAGAAGAUACAGAAGAUGGAGGAAAACCAGCACAGCACCGCCGAGGAGCUGCAGGCCACCCUGCAGGAGCUCUCGGACCAGCAGCAAAUGGUGCAGGAACUGACGGCCGAGAAUGAGAAGCUGGUGGAUGAGAAGACGCUCCUGGAGACGUCCUUCCAGCAGCACCGAGAGAGAGCAGAGCAGCUGAGCCAGGAGAACGAGAAGCUGCUCACCCUCCUGCAGGAGCGCGUGCAGAGCGAGGAGCCCAGCACGCAGGGAGGCAAAGUCCUGGAGCUGGAGCACAAGUGCACGGAGAUCCUCGAACAGGGCCGCUUCGAAAGAGAGAAGCUGCUCAACAUCCAGCAGCAACUGACCUGCCGCUUGCGGAAGGUGGAGGAGGAGAACCAGGGGGCCGCAGAAGUGAUCGGCCGGCUGAGGGAGGAAAACGAGAAGCUCAGCGGGUUCCUGGAACUGGAGCGGCACAGUAAGGGCGUGAUGGCCCAGACGCUGGAGGAAUGCAGAGUGACCUUGGAAGGGUUGAAGAUGGAGAAUGGGUCUUUGAAGGCUCACCUGGAAGGAGAGAAGCAGAAGGCCGUGGAGACAGGCACCCUGGGGCAGAUGGCAGAGAGCUGUGACGUGGAGAUGUUGAAAGCUGCUCGAGCUGAGAAAGACCAGCUGGAGCUGUCUUGCACCGAGCUCAGGCAGGAGUUACUGAAGGCAAACGGCGAAAUUCAGCGCAUGUCGAGCCUGCUAGCCAAGGUGGAGAAGGACUAUGCCUAUCUGAAGGAGAUCAGUGACCACCAGGCAGAGCAGCUGAGCAGAACCAGCCUGAAGCUGCAGGAGAAAGCCUCGGAGAGCGACGCGGAGAUCAAGGACAUGAAGGAGACCAUAUUCGAGCUGGAAGAUCAGGUGGAGCAGCACCGGGCGGUGAAGUUACAUAACAACCAGCUCAUCAGUGAGCUGGAAAGUAACGUGAUCAAGCUGCAGGAGCAGAAGUCAGACCUAGAAAGGCAGCUGAAGACUCUGACCAAGCAGAUCAAGGAGGAGACGGAGGAAUGGCGGCGGUUCCAGGCGGACCUACAGACCGCGGUGGUGGUGGCCAACGACAUCAAGUGCGAGGCCCAGCAGGAGCUGCGCACCGUGAUGAGGCGGCUGCUGGAGGAGGAGGAGAAGAACGCCCGGCUGCAGAAGGAGCUGGGCGACAUGCAGGGCCACGGCAGACCUGUGAGUGACAACGCAGAGCCAUCUGAGGUGGACGCGCCGGGCCGGUGGCAUGGCGUCUACGUCAGCAGAGCCUCUCCGACGCCCUCGGAGUCUGCCACCACCGUGAAGUCGCUCAUCAAGUCGUUCGACCUGGGACGCCCAGGUGGAGCUGGACAGAAUAUGUCUGUCCAUAAGACCCCCAGAAGCCCCCUGAGUGGAAUUCCAGUGAGGACUGCCCCCGCUGCUGCUGUCUCUCCAAUGCAGAGGCAUUCGACCUACAGCAGUGCCCGGCCAGCCGGCAAAGCAGUGCCUCCGCGCAUGGACCUUCCCGACCUCCCUCUCUCAGAUCUUCUGAAGGGAAGGGCUGAGGACCUGAAGCCAGACCCCUACCUCCGGAAGAGUCCCUCACUGGAGUCCCUGAGCAGACCCCCCUCCCUGGGCUUCGGGAACACGAGAAUACUGAGCGCUUCCACCGGGGGACUGAAGCCGCAGAGCAAACUCAGCGUGGAGAGAAGAGACCCUCUGGCAGCCUUGGCCCGGGAAUACGGCGGCUCCAAGCGCAACGCUUUGCUGAAGUGGUGCCAGAAGAAGACAGAAGGUUACGCGAACAUCGACAUCACCAACUUCAGCAGCAGCUGGAGCGACGGCCUGGCCUUCUGUGCUCUGCUGCACACCUACCUGCCUGCCCACAUCCCCUACCAGGAGCUGAACAGCCAGGAGAAAAAAAGGAAUCUCUUGUUGGCAUUUGAAGCAGCUGAAAGUGUAGGCAUCAAACCCAGCUUGGAGCUCAGUGAGAUGCUGUACACGGACCGGCCUGACUGGCAGAGCGUGAUGCAGUACGUGGCCCGGAUCUACAAGUACUUCGAGACGUAGGCCCGAGGGCCCGGAACUUGACCGCCACCCACCCGCCUGCCUGGGAGUGUCUUGGAAGCACCUGGUCACUCGCCGCUGACCUGCUCUGCACCUGCUGUUCGACAGCUCGAUCCACUUGACCAACACACGGAAACGAGACAGAGCUGGGCUCCACCGUGCACCCACCUCAAAUGCAGACGCUCUCUGGGGUGUACGUCGGGACGCCUCCCUCUCCCAUGGAAACGGGGGGGCCUCCCGUCUUCCAGACCAAGGUCUCACGCCCAGGCUUAUUUCCUGAGAACCCUGGUCCAUGUCACCAAUCACGUCAUCUCCAGAGAGCCAGGACAGCACCUCCAAAAGAGUCUUUUUUUUUUUUUAACUAAAAAUUCCUGGAUUUUGCCUUUAAAAGAAAAAAAAAUAAUAACUUUGCCCUGGACACUGCCCCACCUCCUUAAAAGCCAAACGGAACAAGGAAAAAUGGAAAAGUCUGCUCUAGAAUGACGGGACACCGUGGCCCUGCCUUCUGGGGAAAAGCGUUGGAGGUUGAGGGAACGAUUUAACAGCAGAGCUUGCCUCCACGUUUUAGAUCUCACCAUCCCUUAUUUAAUUAUUUGGAUUAAAAGCAAAGCCUGUGAGAAUGCAGGCGAGCCCCUGGGCGCUGUGCUGAAGGUCUGUGGGGUGUCCCCCAGGGCAGUGAGUGCCCGCACCCGGCAGAGCUCCCCUGGGUGGGCGGCACGGGCUGGGAGCGACCUGCAGUGUGCGCACACCUGUUCCACCAUGCACGUGGGUCCCACACGUAGAACUCGGCAGGUCGCGAGGAAUGACCCGUCCUGCGUCCUCGCCUAUGGACGAAUGGGCGUGUGUGUCUCUGUGGGCAGACGGCGAUUCUGGACGGGACAGCUCCGCACUGCCUCGGGCUCCGGGGCCCUGUUAGCCCUCGGGCACGUGCAGGGCGGGAUGCCCUUCUGGUGGCCGGUGCUGGCUCCACCUCGAAUUGAACAGAGAGGAAUGCAGUUUCCUCUCAUGUCCUCCCCGUCACUCUCAGUGGCCGCAGAGCCUACCCCGAAGCUGCCUGGCACCUCGGGAUGCUCAACCCAGCCCAGAAAACCGUCUGGGGGCUCCUCAGUGUCCUUGGGCAGGUAGACGCACCCGUGGCCAGCAAGCUCACAGCUCUCACGCCCCUCACAGCCACGUGAGUCAUAAAUGCCCUUCCCUUGCUGUUGCAGGUGUCAGGUAGCUCUGUGUCCCCGGUCCUCUGACUAAGGACUUCUCAGCAGCUUGUCCCUGAGAACCACAGUGACUGCUGCUGCCGUUUAAAGGGAACCUCUGAUUGCUGAUCUGAGCCACUGAGGUCCAGCCCCCGUCCUGGGAGAGGCAUGAGCUCUGCAGAGGUGGCCGCGGGGCUCUGCUCCCCAGCUGCCUGGUGACGGGCGAUGUGGCCUUCAGGCCCUGGGUGUGGCUCUGUCACUGUCUCUGUCUCCCAGGAGUGGUCUGAAAACACUUUUGGUGGGCUGGGGUCUGGUGACUCAGUGCCUGGAAGGGGACCAGGGACGCAUUCUGUACAUUUUCCAAGUUUUCCAGGGGACUUGCAUCCACAGCAGUGCAGAGAACCACAGAGGGGAGAGAGAGCUCCUGUGGGAGGCCCCGGGCGGUGUAGCCCACUGUUUGGGGACGAUCGUGACCUCGCUGGCCCCUUUUCAAAUGGAAGCACAAGGCCAGUGGGACAAACUUAACUUCUCUUUCCUGACCCUACCCAGACGAAAGCCGUCCCGGGCGCUUUCACCGCCUGUCCUUUGUCACCUCCACCGUGCAUUCCCACCCUCUCCAUGCCCUCGCCUCGCCCCGCCACCGAAGGAGGAAAGUGUAUGCCAAGUAGCUGGGUUCGGCUGCCAUUGUCCCCCCCGGGAUUCCUCCAGGGUUGAGCGUGGUGGUGGCAGGCGGUCUUGGGAGGGCCGAGGAGGGGUUGGUGUUGAUUGGCUCUCCGAUGGCAAGGGAUGAGAAUAGAAAGAGCUUGGGCCGAGGGGUCUUGGCGCCCGGUGCUGCUGGUGCCCUCCCUCACUCCCGGCAACACCAGCGCCUCUCCAGUGGGGCCCACGACGCCCACCCCUUCACCCAGGCUCAUCUGUUCUUGCCUGUAUCCUGGUCCCUUUAGGUUCAAAGAAAGCAGCAAAUGAAAGCCGGCUCACGUGCGACUUCUUUUGCGACCCCCAGGAGGCCCCCGCUGGCGUCUGCCCGUGAGUGGUGCAGAUCGGGGUGGUGUCCUGGCCAUGGAAACAUGGGGUGUCUGCGGCGUGAUGGCCCUGCUGCUGUCCUGGGGUCUUGAUGGCCUUGGGGGUGCAGGGACAGGCCCUGUCAGUGGCCAGCAAAGCUAGCAGCUCCGGGAAGUGCAGUCCUGGGAAAAGCCGCCCCUCCAGGCAGGCCAAAGGGCAGGGCUCGGAGGUGCAAUUUUAAGAGCUCAGCCAGGGUGAGUGUGGAAAUCUACCCGGAGCAAACAGGGCGGGGCCGUGUGCCUUCCCUCCUGCCCAGCCGGCCGCGCCCGCAACGGCCGAGUCUCUGCCCGUCUUCCCGCAGCCAGGACUUAGUCAUCCACGGUUCCUGGUGGUUUUGCAGAGCCUUUUUCUUUACUAUAUAAUGUGUAUAAAACAGCCGCCAACGGCAGGGCCCAGAAGAGUGCAGGGGUGUUCACGAUGUCCAGAACUCCUCGGUCCUCCGCCUGGGAGUCGUUUCGCAGGUGGCCUCCUGGGUGCGCGGGUGCUUGGCCCCUGUCUGCGGGACGGUGUUCUGAGGGACUUUCCUCCUCGGCCCACCCCGUCUCAGAAAUGAUGCGGGGCUUUUGUUUUCGCUCUCCAUUCGGUUCCUCUACAGCUUUGGUAGAGACCAGCGAGGUCGAGGGGAGAGAGAAACACACGUCCCAGAGCCCUGAGCCAUCUGCCGCGUCCCUUCCCUCCCGCCACCACAUCCCGGGGCGCUCUGACCUCUCCCUCCUGCUUCCUCGGAGGGGCGGGCGGGCCGCUCAGUGGCCUGCAGAGGUGGAGUCUGGGCCAAGGGAGACCGACACUGGCCCACCCGCUGAUCCGGCAGUUCUGCCCCAAGGUCAGCGUGCCAUUUGAGAUGACCUACCAACGACGACAUGCAGGAAAGGACAGACGCUUGCAGCCUCUCCGAAAGCAUAUGGAAGAUCUGCAUCCGCCCGGCUUUGAGCCGCUCACCCCGGGGAGCUCACCGAGUUUAACGACGGCCCCUGAACGCAGGUGCAUGGCCGCGGCCUCGGCCCCACAGCGCGCUAGACCGCGCCGAGCGCUGUCAGCCUGGACACGCGGACAGGCGUGUGACCCCGAGCAGGGAAGGGUAUGACGUGUGACUGGAGUAUUUCUAAUAAAUAUAUUUUCUUUCUCUCUGA